AUGAAUAAUCUGUUGAGCGUGUUGGGGUUAAUAUUAUUUGUUAAUAUUUCAGCAUUAGCAGCAACUGUAAAUGAUAAUAUAGUUAAAUCCACAAAGCUAUUCCACUCAACUGCACACUCAACCACUACUUAUCACGUUAGCGGGGUGGAUGACGGUACAUACGACAUUCUCAUUAGCCCUAAUGAGUUUGAUCAGCUGUCUCAUCUCUCCGUCUCUCUCAAAGAAUCCGGCGAACAACUCCCCUACACGUGGUUGAACGGUGAUUCAUAUGUUCAACCCUAUAAUUUCAAGAGGCUCGCAGUUCAACUCCCACCCAACACACCACAGCUCACUCUAGUACUCUCUAUCUCUCUCAACAACCCAAGCACUCCACUACCAUCCCAGCUCACCCAGGACGACCUCGCCUACUCACUCUCCUUCAAGACAUACACACACGUCGUUACCCCGUAUCACACUAACGAAAUGCGCGUUAAAGUGCGCGCACCCACCUCCAAAAUACACCGAUAUGGCAUGACGCAUGACGACAGCAAGACGACCAAGAACGGCGGUAGUAUGGUAUAUGGGCCGUGGAUGGACGUAGCUCCCUACUCAAUCCCUACAGACCACAUUGAGAUACUCUACGAAGCUGCUGGCCCGAGAUUGAAGUAUGAGGUGAGUGAGAGGAGUGCCCAGGUCAGUCACUGGGGGAAUGUGGUGAGCUUUAGAGACGAUAUCGUCGUGCGCAACAACGGUCCUUCUCUCAAAGGCCAGUUCACGCGUCUAACCCAUCAAGCCCAGACCUUUUUGAACGUGUUGCCCACGAAUAUCGCCACAAUGCUUAGUGUCCGCCUACCAGCGCUCUCUGAGGAAGUUUUCUUCGUUGACCAGAUCGGCAAUGUCACUACUAGCCACUACAAGCAGGGCGAUGGUCACUCCUCGCACUCCCUCUUACAGCUCAAGCCACGCUAUCCACUGAUGGGCGGGUGGAAAUACUCGUUCAGUAUCGGCUGGGAGAAUAGCCUGAGGUUUGCUGCUAAGCUGGCUCGCGACGGUACAACCAGAUUGAGCAUCCCAUUCAGCAGCACUCCCGAGGAUGUUGCCGUCGACAGGCACACCACUCGCAUCAUUCUUCCCGAGGGUGCUCAGGUACACAGCGUGUACGUUCCAUUCGAGGUGGAUGUGCAGUACGAAACUACGACCUCGUACCUCGAUACCAUCGGCAGAAACACCGUCGUACUCUCCAAGCACAACACUUCUGAUGCGCACAACGGCGACGUCACAAUCGUUUACUCACUCUCCCUCUUCAAUGCUCUCAGAAAACCCCUCGCCGUUGCCGCUGUGGCGUUUGCCCUCUUCUCGGCUGCCACCCUUUUGAGACGGAUAAACACGAGAAUAUAA